UCAGUUUAGUGGCAUUCUUGCCCUACUCCACUCCACAAAUCCACUUCACCUUAAUCUUUUCUUCGUCCAACUCUCCAACCUUUUUCCAGUUCGCAUUUCUUACUUUGUGAACUUCACGACAACCCUCAAUCUUCUCCGACUCUCCCUCAAUUUUUCUUCGACAACAUAAUCGAAGAGAGUCGCAACCAUGGCUCCUUUGUCUUAUUCCAAGACCGCAAAGGUCCCCACCCGUCCCUUCGAGGCCGCCCGUCUUGAUUCCGAACUUAAGCUCGUAGGAGAGUAUGGUCUACGCAACAAGCGUGAGGUGUGGCGUGUCAUGCUCACCUUGUCCAAGAUUCGUCGUGCUGCCCGUCAGCUUCUUACCCUUGACGAGAAGGACCCCAAGCGUCUAUUCGAAGGCAAUGCCCUCAUUCGCCGUCUCGUCCGUGUCGGUGUGCUCGACGAGUCUCGCAUGAAGCUCGAUUACGUUCUUGCCCUUAAGGUUGAGGAUUUCUUGGAGCGCCGCCUCCAGACCUGUGUUUACAAGCUGGGUCUUGCCAAGUCCAUCCACCACGCCCGUGUCCUUAUCCGCCAGCGCCACAUCCGCGUCGGAAAGCAGAUCGUUAACGUUCCGUCUUUCAUCGUCCGUCUCGACUCCCAGAAGCACAUUGACUUCUCCCUGACCUCGCCAUUCGGUGGUGGCAAACCUGGUCGUGUCCGCAGAAAGAAGGCCAAGGCCGCCGAGAAGAAGGAUGACGGUGACGAGGAGGAGGAGGAAGAGUAAAGGGUGCAUACUCUAAAAUGAAAGCCUGUGGAUAAUCAGGCGGUGGGGAAAACGGAUUACAUUGAGAGACUAUGAAAACUUAGAUUCAUACCUCAAAGGCGUUAGGCCACGGUUAACGGAAUGCAUGACGAACUUCUACCACCAC